AUGCAAGAUAGGCAUGCAAAACAGGACGGAAAAAAAAACCCACCUAAAAAGUACCCUCCGGUGUUCCGACCGGAGAAUAUCAGCCAAGAUACUCUGUAUCCUCGGAAGGCAGCGUGGGAGAAGCUGCAGCGUCGCAAACUGAAUGUGCCCCGAAUGUGUGAACGACGACUGCCACGGAUAAAAGCCAACACACCCAACAAGCAUCACAACCAAAAUCGAAUUGUGAGAUUCAACAUGUGA